AUGAUGGUGGCAAAUAGACUGAAGAACCUGGCACAGGUGACGAGGGGCGCGGUCCGUGACGUUCGUCGUGCCUUGGAGGACUUGCUGGAUGGCUUGAAUCUUCAGCCAAAGCCACAACUCGUCCGUGUUCCUGUUCGAGCGGAUAACGGCAUCAGAUCGCCGUUUAACAGAGGAGGCCCAAGGUCGUUUAGCACGUCACGUGUGUUUAAAGCCUACGCAACGAAUAACGCGAACUUUGGUGCUUUUAGAAAUAGGGGUUUCUUCAAGUUUAUACGUUCAAAGCCUAACUUGACCUUGAGAUUGUGGCCGAGCUCGACCUAUAACUCUGCUCUGAGAACCCCGUUCCAAAGAUUUGCCUUUGCAAAGGCGCCGUUACGUGGGACACUGUACAACAGCUUUGUUAACCUCAGCGCGAGGAGCUUCACAACUGUCCAUGGUGGCUCGUAUGGCCAGGACGGCAUCUUGAACCUAUUCAUUGGGUUUCAAACCUUGAUAGACGAUCAGAGAACGGCGUUGCAACUUUCGAAGAUGAACAAGGCCAUUUCCAUGAACAGGGAAAGUUCACAUGUGAGAUCAUUCCAUGGGUGUGCAUCCCAAAGUGCAGCUUGUGAGACUCUACAACUCGCUAGAUCUGAAUCAACACACGUUGCCAAACUGGGCGCAUAUGUUGAAUUCAAAUUCCCCAAAGUUGAAUUGUCAAUUCCAUCUGUUGCUUUUAUGAACUCUGAGAUCAUGGGUUCAAUAGAGGAGGAAUUCCAACUGAUCAAGAAGCAAAUCGACACAGCAAACCAUAACAUCAAGUUAAUCUUUGAAAACUAUGGUUCGUUACCUAUUGAGAGAAUCGGUUCCAGUGUAAGAAUCCAUUUCCCAAACUUGGAGGCUGAAGAGCUCGAAAGACUUCUUAUUGAUUUGAACAUUGAUGAUGGGUUGGUGUUCACCAUGGAUGAAUUGGAUGUAACGAUGGAGGCCAAUACAGCUGGUUCUGAGUUAUCCUCUUCGUCUCUCUCCGAUUUGAUUGAAGACUGUGUUCCAGGCCUGGUUUCUUCGGAAAGCGGCUCUGAAGUCUCAAGCAUGUGUGAUUCCGCAGAGUUCUUCCCUGUCUUGUCAUCUUCAGAUUCUCAAUACCUGACUCCAAUUGACCCAUCUGAGGCUUCAAGUCCAGUAAUUAUCGCUGCUGAUGAUGACUUCACAUUCUCACAGGUUUCAGCGUAG